AUGCCAAGAUGUGAACCUCAAUUUCGUACAAGAUCUCUCACCCCAACUUUUCGAAUUCUUUCCAGAAAUCUCACCUAUUAUCAGCGGGUUAUGUGUACAAUCGAGUACUUUACACAGUGUUGUCCCUUGGAUCAAAAUUAUGAAGCUGGCAUAAUCGGUUAUUAUGAAGCUAAUAGGACAAUGUAUGGAAGAAUUAUUUACAAGACCAUAACCACCUCGGGAGGAAUGAUCACGACAUCAGACACUAAAGACACCUUUACACACAAUUGCCUUGAUAACUUGUUAUCAUUAACCUUCUCAUGUGACAAGUAUUUCAUUCAAGAGAAAGGUCAUUGUCAAUGGCAAAAAGACCGGAAUUUGUGGAACUUUGAAAGUCAAAAGUUAAAAGAUGAAGACCUUGAAGUAGCUCUACAGUUUGAUUAUGUAUAUCCCUUACACAAGUCAUUGGUAAAUUCUUUAAAUGGUAAACAUCACUACGGGAAAAAAAGUGGUCUUUUUGGUGGUCUUUUAGGUGGUAUUUUAGGUGGUCUUUUGGGUGGCAGUUUUGGUAAAACCAGCAAAAAGACCAUCCCUAUUUUUGGAAAUAUAAUUAGAUCUCCGUUGACUGAUGGAUGUUAG